AUGUUCCAACUCGCCAGAUGUGCGGUCCGUAACGGAUCUAGGAACGCGUUGAUAAGCACCAAACAGCCAAUUUCGACCUCGAAGUUGGCCUUCUCCCACUCUGCUAGAUUAGCGCAGCAAGGCGUGGGAGCUGCCGCCGGCAAGCCAAAGGCAUCUCUGCUCCGCAAAAUUGGGAAGUACACGCUCUUAUCUGCGUUGGGUUCCUUGGUUGCCGGAACCGGUUACGUGUCGUACAAGCUGUACAAGGAGAAAAACCCUUCGCCUCAACUGCCACAGGCUGCUACUUUCGACAACGGCUCUCCUAGAAAGACCCUGGUCAUCCUAGGUUCGGGCUGGGGGUCCGUCUCGUUGUUAAAGAGUUUGGACACUACCUUGUACAACGUGGUUGUUGUGUCGCCUAGAAACUACUUUUUGUUCACCCCAUUGUUGCCCUCUACACCAGUAGGUACCAUUGAGCUGAAGUCGAUUGUGGAACCUGUGAGAAGCAUCGCCAGAAGAGCCCCGGGCCAGGUCAUCUAUUACGAGGCCGAGGCCUUGGACGUCGACCCAGUUGAGAAAACCGUCCGUAUCAAAUCCGUCAGCUCUGAUGACGGCAAUGCCGAGAGCGACUUGAAGUACGACUAUUUGGUUAUGGGUGUUGGUGCUCAACCAACGACGUUUGGUAUUCCAGGUGUUUUCGAAAACGCCUCGUUUUUGAAGGAAAUCCCAGAUGCCCAAGAAAUCAGAGUUAAGGUCAUGAACAACAUUGAAAAGGCCGCCAACUUGUCUGUUGCGGAUCCAGAGAGAAAGAGAUUGUUGAACUUUGUCGUCGUGGGCGGUGGUCCAACCGGUGUGGAAUUCGCUGCUGAGUUGCAAGACUACGUCGACCAAGACUUGUCCAAAUGGAUGCCAGAAAUGUCUAAGGAGAUCAACGUCACUCUAGUUGAGGCUUUGCCCAACAUUUUGAAUAUGUUCGACAAAUCCUUGAUCCAAUACGCCGAAGAUUUGUUCAAAGAGGAGAAGAUCGAUCUGAGAACCAACACCAUGGUUAAAAACGUGACCCCAACCACCAUCACUGCCAAGUGCGGUGACAACACUGAGGAGAUCCCAUACGGUGUUCUUGUGUGGGCCACCGGUAACGCUCCAAGAGAGGUGUCCAAGGGCUUGAUGGCCAAGAUGGAAACCCAAAACUCCAGACGUGGUUUGUUGAUCAACGACAAGCUGCAAUUGCUUGGCGCCGAAGACUCCAUCUGGGCUGUAGGUGACUGUACCUUCUACCCGGGCUUGUUCCCCACUGCCCAGGUGGCCCACCAAGAAGGUGAGUACCUAGCCACCGUCUUGAAAAAGCAACACAAGAUCGAUCAGCACAAGUGGAACAUGUUGCAGAACCCCAACGCUGCCGAAAACCUCAAGUUGCAAUCCAAGAUCGACAAGUUGCAGUCCAACAUAAAGGCCUUCAAGUACAGCCACCAAGGUACGCUCGCCUAUAUUGGAUCCGAGAAGGCCAUUGCAGACCUCGCCGUUGGUGAGUCCAAAUACCAAUCCGCCGGCUCCGUCACAUUCUUGUUCUGGAAGUCCGCCUACUUGGCCAUGUGCCUCUCUUUCAGAAACAGAGUGCUCGUGGCUUUGGAUUGGUGCAAAGUUUCCUUUUUUGGCAGAGAUUCCUCCGUGUAG